AUGGUCGUAAUAGAAUACCCUGAUGGUAGCAAAUACGAAGGUGAUGUCGAGGAUGGGAUGAAAGAUGGAGAAGGAACUUUAAGUUACCCGGAUGGAGGAUACUACGAAGGUCAAUGGUCAGAGGACAUGAGGUGUGGUUAUGGUGUAAAUAAAUGGGCUAAUGGUUGUCGUUAUGCUGGUCAAUGGGAAGAUAAUAAAAUGCAUGGUGAUGGAAAGUAUACUUACCCUGAUGGAGGACAAUAUAAAGGUGAAUGGGAGAAUAACGUGCGAUGUGGUCAAGGUGUCAAUACAUGGGCUAAUGGAGAAUACUAUGAUGGCGCCUGGGAUGAGAACAAACGAGAGGGUCAUGGGAUUUAUGUUUACAAUAACGAAGAAUGCAAAUACGUUGGUGACUGGUCCAAUGAUAUGAGGCAUGGAUAUGGAGUUAAUACUUGGCCAACUGGAGAUCGAUAUGAAGGCUAUUGGCGUAACAAUAUGAAACAUGGUCAAGGAACGUUGUAUCUUGCCAACGGUACGAAACUUGUUGGCAAUUGGGCGGACAACAAUUUCGAUAAAUCAUCAUCCGGAGAAUCAAAGAAGGUUGCUAAAAAAUUCGAUGCAAAAAAUGCUUUACAGUUCAAAGCUAUGUGGACAAAUGGUCAACCAUUUACUGUUCUAUUGAUGCCGCGUACAACCGGAUGUCCCUAUCAUGAACUUGCUCGCGAAUAUGUCGGCACAUUAAACUGGCAUCAAGCAUUCUUCGAUAGUCAAAACGAUCGUUGUUACUGUAGUCGAUGCUAUGAAGAUUCAUGGGAGAAUGUUCUCGAUGCUGGUAAUAGCAAAUACGUCAUUCCUCGUGGCUGGGUACGAUUAGGUUUACAUGUUGAUCAAGCAAUGAUGCAAGCUCAGGAUAUUUGGAAUCAAUGGAUUGUAACUUUUCAUGGUACUACAAAAGUUGCCGCACAGUCGAUCGUUGCAAGUCGCCAAUUUUGUAUGCCAGGUGAUGUGUUAGUCGAUGGUACUAAAUUAGCUAUUCGUCCGGGACAUAUUCCUGGUCAAGUCUAUAUCUAUACAUCACCAACAAUUGCGUAUUCGAGCGGUCCAGCGUAUAGUCCACUUUAUGAAUUUCAUUCUGCAGAGAAUGACGCUAAAUAUGAAGCACAGUUUGUUCUCCAAUGUCGACAGAAACCUGAUACUUUUAAGAUUGGUCCAGAAACAAUUGGAGCUGGCAAAGUACAAAUCUGCCCGCAUAUUCCCAAUUCUGAAAUUGAGUAUUUUACUGAAAGAAGAUCGUCAUUGAUUGCCUACGGUCUACUUGUACGAUUUCGAUCGAAAAAUAAUUAG